AUGGGUUACAUUACUAUGACAACUGCCCUUCUCACCGUUUUUAUUUGUUUCUGUUCAAUCGCGCAAUGUUCGAUCGAUGCAGAAGAAGAACCUAUUCGACAGGAAAUUGACAAAAUAAAUCCAAUUGUGAGGUAUAGAGUAACAAAUACUCUUCGCAAAAAACUCCCACAACUUGAAGUUCUCGCUCAAAGAAGAAAUGAAUACAGAAACUGUUACUUCUCCCCUAUUCAAUGUCAACUACCUGUGAGACGGGAAGGACUGUUGGCAGCUAUUCUUCGCGAAAGCAACGAUCCAGUUACUGAUCCAACUCGACCUAAAAGGCUUUUCCUCUUUUAG